ACAGUAUACCUUUGUUUACAGAAUAAGUCUCGUCUAUGGUCAUUGUGGAUCGUGGAUUGUGAACUGGGCGCAGAUCUGCACUCAGAUACUACAGUGUGGUAUCAUCAAGGACCGGCCAGUUUGUCCAGUGCACGCAUGUGGAUUGCCGAGUUUUCCUUAUCCCGUGCGAAAGUGCGCCUUGAACGAACCAGAAAAUACUACGCCAGUAUGCCAGCGGCUUUGCGCAAAGCCAAAUUGCAGGAGUAUCACAAAGUCCUCCGAGGAACAAAUCUUCUGUGCAGCCAAGUUGGAGAUGUCCGUCCAUUGACGAUGUGCCGCUUCUCCCCGGAUGGCGCUCAGUUAGCCUCCUCUUCUUGGAGUGGCUUGUGCCGUAUCUGGUCCUUGCCCGACUGUAAUCUGGUGUCCAAUCUGCGAGGUCAUACGGCUCCUGCUUGUGCCAUUGUGUGGCAUCCUCAAGCACGACUGCAACCGGAACAGCAGUUGGCCCUGGCUAGUUCUGACGGAAGUGUGAAACUCUGGAGUCUAGACAGCGAAGAGCCGUUAGCUGACAUCGAAGGUCAUGCACCUCAUCGCGUCUCCCGUUUAGCUUUUCAUCCGUCAGGCCGAUUUUUAGCCACCGCUUGUUUUGAUCAUUCCUGGCGGCUUUGGGAUCUCGAAGUCUGUGAAGAAGUAUUGCAUCAGGAAGGACAUUCGAAACCGGUGUAUGAUGUCGCUUUUCACCCCGAUGGAUCUUUGGCCCUGACCACAAGUUUAGAUAGCUUUGCCCGUGUAUGGGAUCUCCGUACCGGACGCUGUAUCAUGUUCCUAGAGGGCCAUUUGGAAGGUUUGCUUGGUGCAGAUGUUGCUGACAACGGCUAUCAUGCUGCUACAACAAGCUCGGAUAAUACUGUUCGUAUCUGGGAUUUGCGGCAGCAGCAAGCAAUCUAUGUCCUACCGGCUCACAACAGUGUGAUCGCAAGUGUCCGGUUUGAACUGAACUACCUGCUGACAAGUUCCUUCGAUAAAACUGCCAAGUUAUGGGGACAUCCGGUCUGGGCUCCGAUUCAAACACUACAGGGACACAAUAGCAAGGUUGUAUAUGCGGAUAUCUCACCGGAUGCAAAGACAAUUGCCACUUGUUCACACGAUUUGACCUACAAAUUGUGGAGUCGGGAACAUGACUAA